AUGGCGGUGCUCGCCAUCGAGGGGCACAAGAAGCUCGAAGCCGCGCAGCAGGAACUUUAUGAUGCCUUCAGUGCCUGCUUUAAGACGGUCAAUGGCAGAAGUGUCGAGACAUGGCAGCCACAUGAGACAAUCAUGCUUUGUAACGACACUACCUUCUUUGAUCUCACAGGGUUGUUGAACGAGAACAGCCCUGCUUGCUUCGGCCCGGUCAUACUGAAGAAGGCCCGGAAGCUUGCCGCACGUCUUAGCAUUCGUGGCUACACGGACAGCACGAGCAAAUUUCGAAUCCUGGCACCAACGGCAAUCCUGGGAUACGGAUUUCCUGAAGCAUCAUUCGAUGCGGCAGUCCGUGACCAUGCAUUCAACCUCAUAGCAGUGGAUGCUGGCUCCAUUGAUCCAGGACCUUACUACUUGGCCACCCGCACAUCGUUUACGGCGCUGAACCAUGUUCUGCGAGACCUUCGCCUGAUGCUGAAGGGUGUGAUUCAGCAGGCAGCUAUGGGCCAGCCUUGCAAAUUGAUUGUGGGCUCAGCUGGCGGAUGUGGCACCGACAACCAGGUUGAGCUGCUUGCCCGUGAAGUUCGAGCGAUCAUGUCCGAGUUGGGCAUGGUGCAACCCAUAGCGACGGUUCGAAGCGAGAUUUGCCCUUCGAAAUUGGCGGGGCGGACAAUGACAUCCCUCGGCCCGAUGAACCCCAUCAGCACCGAAGAUUUGAGAGGCUCAGUGAUUGUGGCCCAGAUGGGCCUGGAACCCAUCAUGUCGGCAUUGGGGCACGCCGACAUAGUGCUAUGUGGACGAGCUUAUGACCCUGCUGUAUUCGCUGCUGAACCCGUGCGGUGUGGGUUUCCAGCAUCAGCUGCGCUGCACGCAGCCAAAGUCCUGGAGUGUGGCGCAAUUGCGACAGUGCCUGGAAGCGGGAGCGACUGUCUCAUUGCGGAAUUGGACAAACAAGGCGCUGCCCGGUUCUGGGCACCGAACCCUCAGAGGCAAGCCACGACCCUGAGCGUGGCUGCGCACACACUCUACGAAAAGAGCCACCCUCACGUCUUUGGUCUACCGGGCGGCGUGCUGAACACCAAGCAAGCAGUAUUCAAACAGCAUGGUCGAGUUGUGGAAGUCAAGGGCACGAGACUGACAAGGAUUCCGCCCACGGUCAAGCUUGAAGGUGCCAAGGUGCGUGGCUUUCGGGCAGUGGCCAUUGACCUCCUUCCUGACACGCCCGACCUUCCUGACGUGGAAGCAGGCAACGGGGUGAUAGUGUUCGGCCGCAACGGUGUGGAGGAUUCAGUGCUGAACUCUGGCGAGCAGGAGCUCGGCAUUGUGAUCACAGUCACUGGAGGCGGUUUAGAGCGGAAUAGAUCCCAUUUAGCUCUCCUUCGUGCCACGUUGCUGCACUGGGGCUUUGAUGGCCGGAAAGCUACAGCUGGGAACCUUGCAUUUCCAUUCUCGCCUUCCGACCUUCAGUUUGGCGACGAGGGAGUUCUAACUCUCUGCGGCACUAGAGACCCGAGCUUUAUAUCACGGUGGCCGCAGAUUCUGAAAGAAGUGGAGGAGUAUGUCAGGAGCCUCUCCUCCCAUGAGGACCUGACCGUUCGCUUCGUCGCUGCAGGUUUGGAUGGCCUGGGCUUCCUGAAGUGCCGCGAGGUGGUCGCAAGCACCGCAGAAGCGGCGAGUGCCGGGCUGCAAGUGGACGCACGGGCGAUUCAGACCUGGCAGUGCCACGGAAGCGUCGCAGCAGAUUACACAAUUCACCAUCUCCUCGAGUUGGAUGACGUGCUGUUGCGCGACUUCUUCCCAAUCCAAGUACGGCACAGCGAUGGCUCAGUGCAGGACGUGGAGGCCACACUCCUACCUUGGGAUGACGCUCCCAUUGUUUCGUCGGAAGAGGCCUACAGUGACUGGGAGUCGUCCGUGAAGCCUGCGGGGUGGCGUGCGGCUAGCAGUCACAAACUCGGAGACCUGGCGAAGGUGGUACGCUCCAAGAAUGCUGGUGUGAAUGAAAUUACCUACGACAUCAUGUUUGCUGAUGAGAAGUCUUACAUGAUGGCCAAAAGCAGUCCUUCACUGGAUGCUUCAGUGGUUCCGUUGCGGAAUGUUCUGGGCGUCUUUUGCGAUGACUCAUGCUGGGCCAUCAAGAUCACUUGCGCCCGACAGGUGCUGGCCGGCAGCGCCGGUGAUCGUGAUGUCUACGGCGCGCAGCAGCACUGCCGGUGUAGCCUAGUCUUGGUCUGCUUCAGGCAAGUGGGGCUGUCACCAGGUGUCGCGGCACUGGCAAGGGCGCGAGGGCUAUAUUUGGAGGGUGACUUGACCACCGAAAACUUAGCAGAGACGGUCUUCCGAACCCAGCUUUUGGGCGAGCUGCUUGCAGACCUGCAGGCCUGCCGGCUCAUGGCGAAGAAGUACUGCUGCACCGACCUCCGAUUGGAACUGUCGGACAAGGCCACUAGUGAGGCAAAAGAUGUGAUAGAAGACAUAGCGAAGGUGUUUGGCUUCGUUGCCUAUGCAGCCAGGAGAGGCGGCAAAGGGGCCUACAAAGGCAAAAGCAGUGCCCAAACAGAGCCGGCCGACGAAAAAGUUCAGGCCUUGGACGAAAUAGCUGCCAAGAUUGAGGGGGAUGCAUCCCUUAGUAGCAAAAGGUGCGACCACCUGCUAUACCCGUACUGGAACUUGACUCCUGACCAGGAGAAGUCUGUGAAUCAGAUCAUGGAGGUCUUCAACAAGGAGUACUCCGUAAGGCGGAAAGUUCUAACGCGGCGCCUUGAUGUGACAAUUCAGGCCUUUCUUUGGUCGCCGAAAGCGGACUCUUACAUGGAGCAGAUCUCCCAGGCAAUUUCAGCUGUCAUGGACUGGCGUGAUCAUCUGAGCGAAGCCAGUAUUGGGAGCUGGCACAUGUUGGCUACGGAUGAAAAGACUGUCCAAGAGCCUCCAAAGAUUUCGUCCAUCACCGCUUUGAAGUCGGUUGUGAAAACCAUCAUCAUUGGUGCCGUACCUGACAGGGGUGGUGUACCAGAAGGUUACACGGUAGAGGACAUUGCGAAGGAUAUCGUCAAAGCCAACGUGGCGCUGACGAAGAAGGAUCAAGGUGGUGGUGGCAAAGGUGCAUCCGCACAAACUGCAGCGGCCAUGUCGGCCAAGAGAUGGGUUGGAAAGGGCAUGGGCUCAGGCGAUGCUCGCGACAGUCCUCGAGGCCUGGGUCACAGCUUAUCAAGGCUUGUCACAUGGAGCACCAAGUCAAAGCAGAUGAUCCCAGUCCCGCGUGCCUCAGGGGAGAAAGGAGGGGGCGGCGGCUACUAUGGUGGCAAAGGUUCGGUUUUGAGUAAUUGCAGAUAA